AUGGCAUGUUGUACCACAGAAGUCAAAACAUUCUGGACAAAUCAUCAAGAAGGAUUUCUAUUUGUCAUUCAGCAUCUAUUGAAGAUUUUUCAAUGCAAGAUUUCAACUAAUUAUAAUUGUCAUCGCAGUUAUUUAUUUCAACCAAUAAUUUCAAAGUUGUUUGAUCUACAAGUGGAAUUCAAGACGCUCACUAUAGAACUUGAUGGAUCAAAAGUUCAUAACUUGUUGUGGAACCAGAUAUCCAGUAAAUUUAAUUUGGUCGAGGAUCUUACAAUAUCAUCUAUUAAUGGACCUCUAUUAUGGUACCCUAUGUUUGAACCAAUUUUCACUUCAUGGCCGCGAGAAAUUAGAAUUUUGGAUUCUGAUUGGUUUACUCUGGAAACUCUUUUGUCGUGUACUUGCAGUAAAAUUACACUGGAAUGGUCUAAUUUGGGAAACAAGGAUUUGGAUGAGGUACUCAAGAAUUGGAAGGCUGGAGGAUUUCCUAAUCUAAAAGAGCUGAAGAUCGAUAGUGAAAUUUUGGAAAUGUAUUUGAGGGAUUUAGACGGAAAGGUAAUCCAAACUGAUGAUGGAUUGAAGAAAGCAACUAUUAGGAAUAAUUUCGGUAUUACUGAAAUGUCUGUAACUUCAUUUUAA